CCCCCCCCACCACACACGGAGCAGGCUCAGAAAGGGAGGAAUUCCACUCUGCUUCCCCUCCCUAUGAUCAUCCCGUCUCUCCCCAUUCCAUCGAUUCAACCUCUCCUGAGAAUCGCUGAACAAAACGAGUUGUAUAUUUGUUUCCUCUUUCCCUGUGUAUGUGUGUGUGUGUGUGUAAUUCGCUUUCUUUGAAACCCUCGCCCUCCGGAAACGCCCGGAGCACUAACUGAUCAUGGCGAUGUGAGAGUGAACAGGACGGGAGGAGAGAAAUGAAAGGGAUCAGUCGGGAAUCUGAUCGCUGCUGGACCCCAGCAGAGCACAGGGAUUGUUACAUGGAACCCAACUGCACCCAGAUAGUCAGCAGAACCGCGGGAGCUGCUUUCUGCUGAGCUCUAGUGAAAUGCUUCACCUCCCACGUUUCUUGAAGUUACAUUUUGUUUGGAGUGAGGGAAAAAAUAAAUAGCCGGAGCAAUCCUUUGGAAGAAUAUGUGUAGCCCUGCGCUGGAGUAGCAGCUUAGAGGAGCGGCGUUGGGAGAAGGAUUUGGUGUAGAGCGAUCACAGGACGAUAACAUUGUCCUGCCUUUAUCUGUGCUACUGGCAAUAAAAGUUGCUCGGAUUCAGUUUCUUCAGAACCUGGGACAUCGCGCAGCAAAGUUUGGAUAAGACUCUGUCCCCACUCUUGGUUUGUGUUCGUUUAUGGAUUUUUAAAGGCGAAACAAAGUGUUUUUUUUUCUCUGUUGUUGUUAAGACAAACGGAAGUGUUUGAACAUGAAGGGGCCCGGGUUUUUAUCUCUGCUCUUGCUGGGUUUGCUGUGCCUGCUGUGUGAGUGCAGGGCGCCGUCGGCGAUGCAAAGGCUUGGGGCCAGAAGACGCCUGAGGUUGCUGAGGCUGGCGAACGGCACACUGAGCAGAGCCUCCCGCCCAGUGGCCGCAGCGCAGCGGGACGACAGCAGCAGCUCCCCCCGGGGGCGGUACCGGAGCCGCUCCCUCAGCCGAGGCUCGCGCUCCGGGGAGCCCGCCCCAGCGGCGCGCAGCCGCCAGGUGCGCGUGCCCGCCGCCGGCACCCCCAGCCUGAUGGCCGGAAUGGCCGGCAAGCAGCGCCUCUGGGUCAUCUCAGCGCCCCACGCCGCCGACGGCUACUACCGCCUGAUGCUGAGCCUCCUGAAGGACGAUGUGUACUGCGAGCUGGCCGAGAGGCACAUCUACCAACUGGUGCUGUUCCACCAGGACGGGGAGGUGGGCGGCAAACUCAGGAAGAUCACCAACCAGGGCACCAUCCUCGAGGAAGCCCUGGACGCCAGCACCGUCCUCAAGUUGCUGGACUUCCUGAAACUGGAGAGAGGCAAAUUCAGCAUGGUCCUGCUGAGGAAGAACCUCCAGCUGGAGGAGACCUACCCUUACCCGGUGAGACUGGAGGCCAUGUACGAGAUGAUCGACCAAGGCCCAAUUCGGAAAAUGGAGAAGUUGAGGCAGAAAGGGUUUGUGCAGAAAUGUAAACAGGCUGGUUUGGAAGGGAAGGUAAUUGGACCCAGUCAGGGCAAGAAGAAGAAUGAAGAGAAGCUCAGGCCCACACCAACAAAUGAGAAUGUUGAGGUACCCACUCCAAAGGAGACUAGAGAAGAAAAGGUAUUGGACAAAAAGAAGAAAGUAAUCAUAAGGAAGCCUAUCAGGAUAUCACUGAACACACAUGGAGGGUCUAAAUUAGUUAGGGCAACUGUGGCACCAGUCACAUCAACUACUCGCACCAUAAAACCAACUAACUUACCCCCCGCCACAACCACUGUCACCGAUUUCAGCACAACAGUGCCAUCUACCACUGCUUUUGAGAGACAAGGUGGCACCUCACACUUUACAAGAUCUCACGUAAUAUUAUUACCAUCUUCACCAAAAUUCCACAAACCAGCAGUCAAUGUUGAAACAUCAUCAAGAUCAAUGACUGACACUAACUCCCCAGCAGCCCGAGGUGGCACACAUCGAGAUAGACAUCAGACAGUUAGCAGAAUUGAUGGCAAAAAAUCCUCAAAAACUCUCCCAUUCUAUCCUCCAGUGCCAACUUCUCAGACCACAACAGUCAGUCCAGGUUAUACAAAAGAACAGACAACUCGGCACAAAUACAACCGUGCAGACAAAAAAGUGGGGAAUUAUCACAAGAAGGGACCAAGGGUGACACCAAUCCUUCGCAAGCCUACCAAAGUUAAAACACCAAAGUCCAAAAGUACAAAUAAUAAAAUCCUGAUCAACGAGUAUGAGGAUAAAUAUGAUCCUGAGAAAACUUCAUCUACAGGCACAGGGCAGGAGGUUGAAGUGUCACGUGUGCCUCUGAAAAAAGGGAAGGAACAGAAGAAGCAUGGCAAGCCAAUCAAGAGUGAAAAGAAGAACAAGCCAGUCAAGAGUGAAAAAAAGAAGCCUGUGAAGAAAGACAAAGUAGGGAAAAAGAUAAGACCUAUGCUGAAAACUAAACCUCUAAAGGAAACUAAACAUAAAAAUCCCAAGAAGACUACCAAGAAAGGGAUCUUCAAACAACCUAAGAAGAUUCCAGGAAUGCCAAAGACAUUGGCAUCUAUUCUCAGCCACUUUGAAAAUAGACGACGUCUAAUACUUAUUACCUCUCCAAAUGACAGAAACAACAUGUAUGAACAGCAGCGAGAUGAGUAUUUAGAGCACGUCUGCGAAAUGGCACUAAGAAAAAUCUCAAUUAUCACCAUUUUUGGACCUUUGAAUAACAGCACGAUUAAAAUUGAUCAUUACCAGCUGGACAAUGAGAAGCCAGUGAAAGAUAUAAGACACGGUGAUUUGGAUCAAGGCCUCAUCACUGAACUUCGCAAAGAAUAUGGGAUAACAGAAAAUGAGUUCUUCAUGGUGCUAACUGAUGUGGAUAUGAGAGUCAAGCAACACUAUGAAGUACCAAUCGCUAUGCAAGCUGUGUUCAAUUUGAUUGACACCUUCACAACAAGAAUCAAGGAGAUGGAAAAACAGAAGAGAGAUGGCACAUCAUGCAAGAAAGAAAAUAAACCUAGAUCAUUGGAAAAUUUCCUAUCCAGAUUCCGUUGGAGGAGACGUUUAUUUAUUAUUUCUACCCCCACUGAUGAAGAAUGGGCCUAUCAACAUCAGCUUUAUGCCUUAAAUUCACAAGCUUGCAACCUGGGUUUACGUCAUUUGGCUGUUCUGAAGUUGAUGGGUGUGGGUAUUGAUGUUGGAGGUGUUUUGGAACUCUAUCCAAUAAAUGGAAGUGCAACUGUUGACCGUGAAGAUCUCUCUCCAUCAUUGGUGCAAGAUAUCCGGAAUUAUUUCCAAGUGAGCCCGGAGUAUUUCUCAAUGUUACUAGUCGGGAAAGAUGGAAAUGUCAAGUCAUGGUAUCCAACUCCGAUGUGGAAUAUGGCUAUAGUUUAUGACCUUGUUGACUCCAUGCAGCUUCGACGACAGGAAAUGGCCAUUCAGCAAUCCUUGGGUAUGCGUUGCCCAGAGGAUGAGUAUGGAUAUGGUUACCAUGGUUACCAAGAUGGAUAUCAUCAACAGGGUCAUUACGGUGGAUAUCAUUACUAAAAUUAAUAAAUUAUAUAAUUUUGGUUUAAGCCACAAGGAUUAAAUUUCAAAAGCAAUCUUAAAACCACAAUGGAUACCACAUUGAGCUACAGCAAUUGAGAAAAAUGUUCAUUUUUGGUUAUAUUUGGAAAUGCUUAAAGACUAAUCACCGAAAGCUCUACUGACUUAGAAAACAACCUGUAGUUUUGGAAUCCAUAUUAUAGCCAAGGUUUUUGUAAGGAAGUUUGUGCAGCUGAUGCUUAUGAAAGUUGAGCAUAUUCAUAAUUUAGAGGUGCUUGUUUGAUCUAAUAUAUUUAUUGUGUAUCAAAGUGAGAAAGAUUUGUACCAACCGUAAGGAACCAAAUAGAAAUAACCCCUGUACACAUCAGAUUCCAAGAUAAGUAUUAAGGAAAGAUGUCCUUCCUAACCUACAGUAUGUAAAGUUAUAUCUACACUGAAUCUAAAAAGCCAAAGGAGUUUAACAAAAAUGAGUCUAGUUUUAUUACCAUCUACUCUGAUGUUGUGAAAUGUUGCAACAGAACAAAAAUGUUUCCAAGGCAGAAGAUGCAAGUUAUUUCAAAAACAUGUUUAAAAUUAGCUUUACACUAGUUACAGAGAACACUUUUUAAUAAAUACAGUAACCUACAACUCGUUUCAGUCUCACCAAGGAGGACCUGAACAUAAACUGUGUACCGUGCUAUCGGUUUGUAUAGUUAUGGUGAGUAAAGUUUGAAGGGCUGUAGUCAUGUUGUACUCUAACAAAUGAAUAAAUUCCUUUAUAAAGAAAUGCCUGAACAAA